UUUGCAUCUACAAACAGACGAUCAAGUAUCAUACAAAUAUCAUUUUUGAGCUGAAAAGUUGCAUUUGAUACGUUGUGCAUCUUAACACAGAGAUGGAGACUGUAAUUCCUAAGGUCACAUUGAGUUCUGGAAGUGAGAUGCCCAUAUUGGGAAUGGGCACAGCUUCUUUCCCGGUUGCUGAUCCAGUAGAAGCAAAAGCCGCAAUUUUGAAUGCUAUCAAUUUUGGUUAUAGACACUUUGAUACGGCUUCUGCCUACAGGUCUGAAGAGUUCCUCGGUGAAGCUAUUGCUGAAGCUCUUCAACUUGGAUUGAUCCAAUCUCGAGACCAACUUUUUAUCACUUCCAAGUUAUGGUGCACUGAUGCUCACCCUCACCUUGUUGUCCCUGCUCUACAGAAGUCUCUCAGGAAUCUUAAGUUGGAGUACCUUGAUUUAUAUCUAAUACACUUUCCAGUGAGCUUGAAGCCUGGGAGUGGGAAGUACGAGUAUCCUAUAAAAAAGGAAAAUCUCCUUCCCGUGGGCUACAAAUCUGUAUGGGCAGCAACGGAACAGUGUCAGAUAUCUGGUCUUACAAAGUCAAUUGGUGUCAGCAACUUCUCUUGCAAGAAGCUUCAGAUUAUCUUGGACACUGCUAACAUCCCUCCUGCUGUUAAUCAAGUGGAAAUGAACCCGCUUUGGCAAAACUUGAAACUGAGGGAGUUCUGCAAAACCAAGGAUAUCUUUGUCAGUGGUUACUCACCUUUGGGAGCCAGUGGAACCCCAUGGGGAUCUACUGGAGUCAAAGACCCACAGGUUCUGCAUGAGAUUGCUCAAGCAAGAAGGAAAACUCAUGCUCAAGUGUUGAUUCUGUUCUUAAUUUAUGAUUCUAAAGUAUUUAAAAAAGAUCCAGUUUCAGUAGUUUUUCUAAGUUUCCUGUAUUUCUCUCUGAUAUGUACAUAAUACAUUUUUCCCGUGUUUCCGAGUACGUGUUGUUAAGUUUGUCAUUUUACAAUGUAGGAAUUACCCAUAGGUACUAGUUUAGUGAUACUAAUUAGUGGCAGGUCCAUCCACUAAAACCCAGUAAGCAUAGGUCCAUAAUUAAAAGAAAACAUGAAACUGGACCUAAUUUUUUAAGCCUAGGUCUUGUACACGUGCGAGACACAUGUGACGUAUUAUCAUAAUUCCCAAAACACCCCGCACUAUAUAAAAACGGAUAGAGACGUUCGUUUCUUUUUCAUUCUCUCAAUUUAUGUUUUCAAAGAAGAGCUCUGCAAGUGAAGAUUAUUUGAGGUCCUUGUUCGAUUCGUGAGUUCGAUUCAUGAGUUCGAGCUCUGCAAGUGUAAUCGGUUUGGUUUCAGUUUUUUAAGAGAAGAGCUUUGUUAUACCAGAAGCUUUCUAUGAAAUUUCAGCUUUAUCCGGCGAGAAUAGCAGAAAGCCUUGCAAGAUCUAAGAUGGUGCUGUGCAUGACAAACAAACUAGCUGCUAAGAUUUUUCCAAGCUGCAGUGAAGCAGCAACUUUCUACAAGUUUCAAAGAAAAGUGUGAAAAUGAAGUGGAGAAUAGAAGGAUCUCCAAAUUGAUAUAUGACAGGUGAUCAAGAGGAGCCAAGUAGCGCACAAGUGAAAGAUCCAAUCCAAUUUGUAAAGGACCUCCAAGAAGGAAAGAAGAUUCAAGAUCUCAACCCAACAGAGAUAGCUGGGUCAUUAAUCCUACAGCUGAGAAUUGUCAUUCACCCCUUGUAUAGAAAUGAUAUUUUAAAGAGUUGCCUCUAACUUUCCCAUUUAGCUCAAUUCUGGCGCUUCAACGCAUAACGGUUCCAUAUGUCCAACGGAUACACACUCUAUAUGUAAGCAGUGCGGUAGAUAUAUACUCAGAUUUGUAAGUAGUGCAGCAGAUAUGUACUCAGAUUUGUAAAAAGUGCAGCAGAUAUGUACUCAAAUUUUAAGCAUGGUGGCAGAUAUGUACUCAAAUUUGUAACACAAAUUUAGCAGAUAUGUACUCAAAUUUGUGGUAUUUUAUAUGUUUUAAUUAAAUUUGGACCUCCCGAUAAAUAAAAUCUCGAUUUGGU